AUGGCAGCUUACAUACUCAGACUGCCCUUCGCUAUCGCGCGCAACCUGAUAUCUUACUUCUUCACGAAAGUCGUGAAAUUCGAAAACUGGUCCAUCGAGAAUGGUCCCGCGGGAAAAAACCCAUCCGCUUCCCUCGACCCUGUUCUCUCUGAACGCGCGUCAGUGUCUUCUUAUUGCUAUGCAUCUGAUGAUGGAGUCGCUCUGAGGCGUGAUAUGAUGAAUGGCUCUCUGAGCAAAUCCUGUUUGUCGCUUGACGGUGCACCCGAGCUAGAGAACUAUGAACUAAUUAAGGUCAUCGGUCGAGGCUCCUAUUCGACAGUGUUCAUGGUCGAGCACAGAUCAAGCCAAGAGCUCUAUGCCAUGAAAGUCAUGAGCAAGCAGCGCGCCACUCGCGACGAAUACCUCGACUGUAUACGGACCGAAGAGCGAGUUCUGCGAUUAGCUCUCUCUUGCAACUUCCUAGUAGGGCUUCAAGCCUCUUUCGAAAGCAGCAAACGAUUCUAUUUCGUAAUGGACAUCGCUCGCGGCGGCGAUCUCAUGUAUCACAUGCAGCAGGCGGGUCGGUUCGUGGAGGUCCACGCUCGUUUCUACUCGGCCGAGAUUUGUCUGGCUCUGGAAUUCCUUCACGGCGAGGGGGUGAUCUACAGAGAUCUGAAGCUGGACAAUGUGCUACUCGACCACGAGGGGCACGUGAAGCUCUGCGACUACGGAAUGUGCAGAGAGGGGAUCAGCGAGAACAAUCGAUCCGCGUCGACCCUAUGCGGAACUCCCAAUUAUCUCGCCCCAGAAAUGCUCUGCGGUCAAGAUUAUGCAUUCGGCAUAGACUGGUGGGCGUUGGGUGUACUGCUCUAUGAGAUGCUGGUGGGCCUCUCUCCUUUCAACUCUUGCGGUGAUUUGAAUAUCGCACAAUGGGACCUUGAUGAAUUGAUACGCGAGAUUCUGUUCAAAGACAUCAUCAUCCCGGAUUAUCUCUCCGAAGAAGCAAAGCUGAUCCUGAGAGCUCUUCUGAAGAGGGAUCCAGCGGAGCGCUUGGGCUGUCGCCCAGACAAAGGAUCCGCCGAGAUUCGCGCGCAUUCGUUCUUCGCGGAGCUUGACUGGGAUAAAUUGUCGAAGAAAUCAGUCGCUCCACCCUUCAAGCCCAGACUGAGCUCGAACCGAGACUCCAGGUGCUUCGACCCACGGUUCACAUCUGAAGCCGUCGAAUUGUCGGAAGACGAGGAAUGGCAAGAUCGCGAAUCACAGGAUUCCGAGAGCUUCUCAUCAUUUGACUACGAAGCAGAGCUGUGCGCUGCGUGGCGAGAUCGCCGGCGCGCCGAGUGUGCAAGUCCGCCGCCAGCCGCCACUGAAUCUCCACGGCGCGGCGGCGGCGAAAACGCCGGCGGCGCGCCGUCGAAUUCGGUAGUCAAUACUGUGCAUGAUGCUGCUUAG